CAUAACCUUCUGCUCUCGGAAGUAUGAUGUCUACAGCAGCUACACAACCAACCUUGUGCACGCUGCACAUUUGGCCUUCCAGAUGGAAUCUACCAUCCGUUGACCCUACAUGUACCGCAGCAGUUCUCUACCUGCAACUGACCAUUCCAGGGAAAUUCGAAGUUACAGAAUGUACUAACCCCGACGUGUCCCCUAACGGAAAGCUUCCCUUUCUCACACAUGGCCAUGCCAUAGUGUCAUCCCUCCCGGCCAUCAUUUCCUUCGUUUCCUCGCUGGCAAAGUCUAUUUCAUCAGGUGCCAGGGAUCUCGACGCAUCUCUAAGUGCGCUACAAAAAGCAAAGCGAACUGCUUGGUGCUCGCAUGUUGAGGCGAAUAUUGGGGACCUCGUAGCAUAUUCGUUAUAUUCUGUGGACGAUAAUUUCUGGAAACUCACAAAUCCUACCAUAGCAUCUAUGAUUCCAAUUCCGCAGCGCUACUAUGUACCUGGACGUAUACGCGAAAUGUAUCGACCACGCCUGGAGGCUGCAGGUCUGUGGACACAGGCAGCCUCUGAAUCAGAGAAGGACUCCUUUGGAAAACGACAAAAGAAAGACGACCCUAAAGACGAGUAUGCGCGCGCUUUUGAACGGGACAAAGUAUCUGCGCAAGCGAAGGCAUCGUUUGCUCUUUAUGCGAAGUUACUGAAUGGACAGAAGUUUUUCUUUGGGGAGCGGCCCACGACUCUUGAUGUUUACCUAGCCUCGCACAUUCUCCUGUUGCUUGAUCCGCCAUUCCCGGACCAAUUAAUGCGAUGUAUUCUAGAGGAAUCAUACCCGACGCUUGCAGAGCAUGCGCGCAAUGUGAAGACAGAAGUCUCACAAAUACCGCAGCAGUAUCUUGUCGCUCCUGCGCAAAAACAGUCGCUGCUGUCGUUAAUACCACGACCCCUGAGCAACCCUCCGAAAACGAAAGAGAGCCGAAUGGAUGAAGUAGACCUUCGGUUUCGUCGCAUGCGGUGGAUGUGGUUUGCGCUCGCUUUUGGCGGUGUGGCGUGCUAUGUCACGCAACUCUUAAUGAAGGUCACCAUCGUGAAGGCUAACAGGAAACCUCGACGUGUGCAGUCUGAGAGGCGUGGAGCUGACCAAGACCAUGAAGCAAAGGUUACGGACGAAGAAGAAGGCGAAGAACAGGAAGAUGAUGACGAUGAAGGUGCCAGUGCCCAGGACGGGGACGAGUAGGGUGAUCCUAAUAGUCCUCUAGAGUCUAGAUGCGCUUGUGGCUCAGCUUGGUGCACUACAUUCAAGUAUACUGUGAUGAUGUUCGCCUCGUCUAUAGAACUACGACGGUUUCACCUCCUGUACCUCUCAAUUCUAUUUUGAUCCCACUUAUUGCUGAACUAUAUGUGCAAAAAUUAAUCUCGAGUAUAC